UUUUAUAAACCCCUUCUCACCGCUUCUCAUUCACUUCACAGCUAGCACAGACUAUCUGAUCUUCAAACCAAAACAAAUUUGCAAUGGAGUCGGCACAGUUGCACCGUCCACACGGAGGAGUGGAAGAACAACCGCCCCAGAGAGGCGGCGGCCUGGUGCGUUCAACAGUGAUGGAAGAGGAAGAGCAGCGUGGUCCGGGCCAGGAUUAUGAUGAGCAUCAUCACGAGAAGAAAUCGGUGCUGAAGAAGGUGAAGGCCAAGGCCAAGAAGAUCAAGAACACGCUUACCCACCACGGUCACGGCCACGAACACGAACAUGAUCGCGACGAUGAAGAGUCACUCGAAGAUGACGACGAUGAAAUGGAGGAAGACCCAGACGUCCAUGGUGGUCACUUUGGCGGUGAUGGAGGCGGUGCAGUUACCAGCACAGUUAUCUACCACAAAGUUGUUGAUGAUUCUAGUCGUCCUCUGGAGAACCCAAGCGCCAAUCCGACUUAUCCUGAUAAGGAUUAUCAUGGUUCAGGGCUUAAAGACAGAGGAGUUUUCCGGCGGGGUGAAGAAGACGACACCAGGCAAACAACCGGGGGAAUCAGCCGUGUGCAGCCUUUACAUAACCGCCCACCACCAUUUGUGUCUGAAACUCAUCAUCAGACUUCCGGCCAUGGCAGAGGAGAUUUUUUGCAGCCUGGGGGUCUAGAGGAGGAUCCUCAUGCUCCGUCAGACCGUCCCAGACCACCUUCAAACUAUGAGAGUAAAACCUUUGAUCCUACCGGCGCCGGUGGUGAGGAGGCAAGGAUUAGUCCACUUGUGCAGUCAUUUGAAAAGAUGGAAGUUAGAGGGGACGAGGCAAAACCACAGCAAAAUAUAAGGCCACAAGCAGGAACACAUCACAAACUUUACACAGGAAGCCAUGACCAAUUUGCUCCAGAGCCAAUGGCUACUAAUGUCUAUACAUCUUCAAAAGACACUGAAUCCAUUCCCAAGAGCUUUGAUCCCACCAACCCCGAAAACCUUCCCCGAGAUCCAAUUGAUGGGAAGCCACAGCAAGAAGGCAGCUACGCAGGGAAAAUGCAAGGAGAGCAUGAGGCAGCCUCCCCGGUAGACUAUGCCAAAACCGCGGCCAUGGCAGUGGCUGAGAAAUUGGCUCCGGUCUAUGACAGGGUUGCGGGUGCAGGGAGUGCUGUGAUGGAGAAACUCCCCAUAGGCGCGAGUGGAGAGCGAGGGAAGGGCGAAGUUGAGGGAGAAGGGAAGAGUGUUACAAGCACAGUGAAAGAGAAGUUGGCACCAUUCUAUGACAAAGUGGCAGGUGCAGGAAGCACGUUGAUGUCGAAAGUGAAGGGCCCCGGAACAGGGCAGGCUGUGGUGGUAGAAGGAUACGAGGAAGGGAACGAUGUUAGGACUGAUAAAGGAGUGUCCAUUAAGGAGUUCUUGGCUGAGAAACUUAAGCCUGGGGAGGAGGAUAAGGCACUGUCAGACAUGAUUUCAGGCACUUUACUGUCAAGGCAGAAGGAGGAAACAGUAGUGGAGGGCAAGCCAGUUGGUAAAGUGACAGAAUCUGAGGAAGUUGCAAGGCGGUUGGGGCGGAUUGGCGAUAGCCCAAGGGAAGGCAGUGAAGAGAAGGGCAUGGUGGAUAUGCUUAAAGGUGCAGUUAAUUCAUGGCUUGGCAGAGAUAGCCAGCCACAAACUACAGACACCACAAAUGUAAGAAAUGAAGAAGUUGGGCAUCAGAGUGCAGUGGGAGAGAGAAGACUUGAGCAUCAGGAUGCAAUGGCAGAGGGAAGAUCCAGACUUCAAGAAUCUGGGCAUUGAAGAACUAUAUAAUAGAGAGUCUGAAAAGGGUUUUGAUUUUCUUGUUCAGUGGUUGUGUUAUAACUUAUAAUUAUAUACCCCUAGUAGAUGUCAUAUUUGUGUUUGGUGGAUUAUGCAUAUAGCAUAUAGUAUACUCUGUAAUAAAAAAGUGACAUGGUGUGAGAAUGUACUUCAUCUUUUUUU